AUGUCAAUCUCUUGCACUAGAAACUUCUUGGAAAGAUUCUGCGUCGAAGCAUACAAUAUGGACUCGAUGAAACACGACAGUUUUCUCUCUGCUGAUCUCUUGCCAUCUCUUGGAGCAAGAAUGAACCAAUCAACCAAGCUUCGUAAACACAUAGUCUCUCCUUUUGAUCCACGUUUCAGGGCAUGGGAGAUGUGGCUAGUUAUUCUUAUGAUCUACUCAGCUUGGAUUUUUCCUUUUGAGUUUGCCUUCAUCACCAACAAGAAACAUUUGCUUUUCAUUGUAAACAACAUUGUCAAUGGCUUCUUUGCCAUUGAUAUCAUUCUUACCUUCUUUGUCGCUUAUCUAGACAGCCACACUUAUCUUCUAGUCGAUAAUCCUAAGAAAAUAGCUAUAAGGUACCUUUCUACUUGGUUUGUCUUUGAUGUCUUCUCGACAGCUCCGUUUCAGACUCUGCGUCCUCUGUUCAACUACAAGGGAUGCCAAAUAGGAUUCAGAGUUCUUCGCAUGCUCAGGCUACGGCGUCUUAGGCGAGUGAACUCGCUGUUUACAAGACUCGAGAAAGAUAUCCGUUUCAACUACUUCUCUACACGAUGCACAAAAUUGAAGCUUGUCACUUUGUUUACGGUGCAUUAUGCUGGAUGCUUGAACUACCUCAUUGCAGAUCUAUAUCCUAAUCCAAGGAAAAGAUGGAUUGGAGCUGUGUACCCAAAUUUAAAGGAAGCAAGCAUAUGGAGUAGAUAUGUGACUUCUCUUUACUGGUCCGUUACGACAUUAACAACAACAGGAUAUGGAGAGUUACAUGCUGAGAAUCCAAGAGAGAUGUUGUUCAGUGUCUUGUACAUGCUCUUCAACCUCGUUUUCACAUCUUACCUGAUUGGAAAUAUGACCAACCUUAUCGUUCACUGGUCUAGCCACACCAAAACCUUUAGAGAUACUGUUAGAUCUGUUUCAGAGUUUGCAUCAAGAAACCAACUCCCACCAAACAUACAUGACCAGAUGUUAUCACACAUCAUCUUAGAGUUCAAAACAGAAGGUCUCAAACAACAAGAGACGUUGAAUGGUUUGCGCAAACCGACUCGGUCAAGUAUUGCAAACUAUCUCUACCUCCAUAUUGCUCAGAACGUUUACCUCUUUCAAGGAGUUUCUCAUAACUUCCUCUUUCAGUUGGUUUCAGAUAUCGAUGCUCAGUACUUCCCACCCAGAGAAGAUGUAAUUGCACAGCACGAAUCUCAUACUGAUCUUUACAUUCUUGUCUCAGGGGAAGUGGAUCUUACUGCUUACAUUGACGGUGAAAAUCAGAUUCAAGGGAAAGCAGUUGCUGGAGAUGCAUUUGGAGAGAUUGGUGUUUUAUGCUAUACACCACAGCCUUUCACUGUUAGGACAACAGAACUAUCUCAAAUACUACGGGUACACAAAAAAUCUCUCAUGAGGGCUAUGAGAGCUCAUAUUGAAGAUGGACGUAUCAUAAUGAACAACCUCUUUAUGAAACAUAGAGGGCAACAGUCAAUAGCAAUUGAUGUUGCAAAGAACCAACCAGACUUCCUCCGGGAGAGGCUUGGUGGUGGUCUAAAGAGAGGUGAAAGAAAUGAAAGUGAUCAAGGAAAAGGACUCAAAUACUUACAACUGGACGACUCAGAAAACAUUGAUUUGGAGUUAACCAAAUGGAUGGAUUUAAGAAAAGAUGGUCCUAGUGAAACGAGAAGAGGUCAAGAACAUAGGAUAGAGAUAGAGGAAGAAGAUAAACCAAACAAAGAUAUUGAUGAGAGAAUUUUCUCUAAUGCAUAUCUUGCCUCAACGUAUCCACAUUGCAGAUUCAAACCUAGUAAACAAGAACCAGCAACGCCGGAAGAAAAGAGAGUUACCAUCCACUUGAAGUCACAAGGAAAAGUUUUGCCGAAGCUGAUAAUCUUACCUGCUUCCAAAGUCGAGCUUCUAAGACUUGCAGGUAAGAUAAUUUACUUCUUAAUGCGAAGUUUCAAGAAAUUAAGACAAACCAAGAAUUUGCAAAGUAAAGAAUCAAUAAGAAACACAAAGACUUCUCCAUAA